UUAUUAAUUUAAUCAGUAAAAUUAAGUACAUAGUAAUUAUUUACUUAAAUGAAUUAAUGUUAAUUAACUAUUGUCAACUAUAUCAAGUUAUCUAUAUCAGAUAAAAGACUUUCUUAACCUCAUCCAUAUGUUUAGAAAUUUAUUUAUCGAAUUAAAAAUUAAUUAAAUAAAUGUAAGUAUCAUAAUAAUUUUUGUGGAAAAAUGUUUGGAACGCUGAAAAGUAAAUUUCAAACUGUACAAGAUGGUAUUUCAGCAAGUUUUAAAGGUCUGACACUUGGCGAAAGUCCAAAGCCUAAAAAACCAAAUGCGGGUACUGACCGAGUUAAUUACAAUGCCGGAGCAGAUGUUUUGCAUCACUACCAAUUGCAGUGGAAUGAAUUGCAUGAGCUCGCUGAAGAAAAUUCAAUUAAAGCCCAUGAAGUCGAUGUACUUGUUGGAACAAUAUAUGAAAAACUUAAUAGAGAAUGGAAUAAUAUGACAAUAUUAAACUGUACUUUGGCUUCAAUACCUAAAAUAAAUCAUGAUAUUCAAAAUCUCAUGGAUCAAAUAGGAACUCUGGAAGAAGCUUUUGAAGAAGUUGAGGCUGCAUUAUUUAAAUUAGAAGAUUUAAAUGAAACUCUUGAGCUCCAAAGUAAACAAUUGGAUCAUAGAUUCCAGUUAGCGUUAUAUAAAGAGAAAAAAUUAUCUGAAUUGGAUAACUACAGAAUCGCAUUGGCUAGUGAACAUUCUGAACGCGUAUUACAGAAAGAAUUGAGGCAACAAAAAAUGUUGAAAGAGCGACAAGAUACAUUUGAUGAAGUAUUCAGAGGUGAAAUUGAAAAUUAUAAAGCGACGGGUGUAGUACCACGAGGAGCAACAUCACAGCAAGGCCCUGCACUAGAGGAAAUUGUUUUAGAAGAUGAUUCUACAGAUUUCGUUGAAUUUUUACAAAGUUAAAUAUCAAUGAAUUUUAAUUUUGUAUUGUUUUUUUUUUUUUUUUUUUUUUCUAUUAUAUUGUUUAUUUCAAAUUUAUUAUUAA